CAGCUGAUCAAUACGCGGAAGUAGCUGUGAAGCCGGGGAAGAGACAGUGGCACCGGGCGCGUGCCUGCGUUCCGCUGGUUUCCGCGGUGAUUGGUGUCCGGGCUCCAGUAGGAGACAGUAAUAAUGAAAUUCAUUUGCAGCAGAUACAAACAUGUAACAGCAACGAUGAAGCUGAAGCAUUAGAGUCUGUUAAUCGUUCCGGUUCUGGAUCCGUCCACCUGAUGAUGACCAAGGUGUUUCGCAGCCCGGCCCGUCACGGCUACGCUGUCGAAGUGUCUCCAUUCGUCCCCAGCAGAGUGGCCUGCGCCGCGGCGCAGUAUUAUGGGAUAGCAGGCUGCGGCACGCUGCUGGUCCUGGAUCAGACCGAAACAGGGAUAUGUUUAGUAACAAGCUGGCAGUGGGGAGAUGGACUUUUUGACGUGGCAUGGAGCGAAGCCAACGAACACGUGUUGGUGGCUGGAGGCGGAGACGGCAGCCUGCAGCUGUGGGACACAGCCAAUCACAGCGCUCCGCUGCGGGAGGCCAGGGAGCACAGGCAGGAGGUUUAUUCUGUCGACUGGAGUCAAACCCGAGGAGAGAACCUCAUCGUCUCCGGGUCGUGGGAUCACACGGCUAAAGUGUGGGACCCCUCACUCAGCUCCUCGCUCACCACACUCAGGGGUCAUGAAGGCGUCAUCUACAGCACCGUUUGGUCCCCUCACAUCCCAGGAUGCUUUGCUUCAGCUUCAGGUGAUGGGACUCUGAGAGUGUGGGAUGUGAAGAGCGCCGCGUGUCGCCUGGCCGUCCCCGCCCACAGGGCCGAGGUCCUGAGCUGUGAUUGGUGCAAGUACGACCAGAACCUUCUGGCCACGGGCUCGGUGGACUGCAGCGCGUGUGUGUGGGACCUGAGGAACGUCCGACAGCCUGUCAAUCAACUGCUAGGCCACACCUACGCCAUCCGACGGCUCAAGUUCUCUCCCUUCAGUAAGACGCUGUUGGCCUCCUGCUCCUACGACUUCAGCGUCAGGUUUUGGGAUUUCAGCAGGAACCAGCCUCUUCUGGACACGGUGGAGCAUCACUCUGAGUUCGUCUGUGGGUUGGACUUCAACCUGCACAUCCCCAACCAGGUGGUCGACUGCUCCUGGGAUGAGACGGUGAAGAUCUACACCCCAGGCUGUUUGUCUGCAGGACCACACGGCACCGGGCUGUAGAACCUACACACACACACACACACACACACACACACACACACGGCACCCGGCUGUGGA